GCUGCGCGCCUUUGUGCAGGGUUCCGGUCUGCGCUCCCUGGAGCGGUGGGUGGUCCAGUUCCGCGACGAGCACAAGCACCAGCCGCUGGUGUCGGUGAUCGGCUGCCUCAAGAUGCUGCCCAUCGACCUCACCGCGCUCAAGGGGAGCAACAUCGGGCAGACGGUUGGCAAGCUGCGCAAGCACACCAACCCGCUGGUGCGCGGCGCCGCCUCGGAGCUGGUGGAGCAGUGGAAGGGCGUGGUGGACCGCUCCGUGGGCAAGGGGGAGGCGCGACAGGGGCUCAAGUCCAAGGCCGACAGCGCCUCCCAGGAGGGACCCAACAAGCGGGCCAAGAGGGCCGAGCAGCCAACAUCAGCUGGCGGCAACGGCAGUGGCGGCGUGGCGGCGGCGACGGCAAAGCAAGCCGCGGGCGGCGGUGCCGGCGGCGCGGAGGCGCAUCCGGGCGGUUCUGCCGCUAACGCCACUACCACCACCACCACCACCAGCAAGCUGGCCGUAAUGGACGAUGACUUGUUCGUGGGGGGGGCAGGCGGGGGUACUCCAGCGGCGCCGGCGCAUCCACAUAAAAGCCUGACCAGUUUCGUAACGGCGAAGAAGGUACAUCCGAUCAAGCUGGAGAACGUGCAGACCGGGCGGUUAGGCGGCGGAGCUGCAGCACAAGGGGCAGCAGGGUCCGCCGCCGCUGCCCCCGGACACGCAGGGGCAGCAGGCGGCGACGGCGAUGCAGCGGGCGGCGCCCUCAGCCCCACUUCCAGCGGAGACGCCGCCGCCGCAGCGGCGGCGGCGGAAGCGGGCGCGGCGGGGAGCGACGCGGCCGCUUCCACGGGGCAGGACGCUUCAACUCCCGGUGGCAUUGGCGGGGCCGACACGGUAGCCACGUUGUUGCCGCUGGGCAGCGGGGCCGACGGCGCCCCUGCAGGCCCCAGCGGCGCCGCCGCCACCGGUGUCCCCAAGCCGGUCACCCUGCCUCGGUUAGGCACCCUGUCUGGCCCCAGCGCCCCCACCGUGCGGCUAGGCAGCCUGCGGGACAGCAGCCUCCCCACGGCUGGAAUAGCUCGGUUGGGCGCCGCAGGCGGGGGCGCUGGCGGAGUGGGUGGCCGCGUGGGCGCCGCGGCUUCGCUGCCGGCGGCGGUGGCGCCUGGGGGGCCGCAGAGUGCGCAUGCGAGGGCCAUGGCGGCUCGUGCCAGGGCGCCCUCGCCCGAGCCGGCGCCCCGGAAGGAGAAGCGGAAGACGGUUAGCUGGGCUGGGGAUGAUGCGCUGGCAUCGUACAGGCUCUUUCGGAAGGACGACCCGCCGCAACUCGCCGCUACGGACGCCACGUUGUCCGCUGAGGACGCUGCCGCCGCCGCCGCCUCCCCCGACGCCUCCACAGCAGGCCCAGGAGGAGGAGCCGCGCCGGGUGUGGGCGGCGGCCACAGCGGCGGCCUGCUGGCCCCGCCCGGCUUCCAGUCUGCAGCACGGAGGGAACACGCCUCGGAGCGCAUGGCCAUUGCUGCGCAGCACGAGCAGGAGGAGCUGGAGCGGCAGCUGGAACUGGAGCGUUGGACCGCGCUGCGUCCCACCGUCCCAUGGACCGAGCCUCCUGAGCUCUACCUGGGCGCCAUUCCCGCGCAGCAGCUGCCGGGGCAGGGUGAGGAGAGCACCGAGCGCGAGGUGCAGGCCCACGCACGGCAGCGCACGCCGCGCGUUGUCUACUACUCGCCCUCCACGAUACCCCCGACGCCUGCGGAACCCCCGCACGAACCCGAGCCGGACUUUUACCGAGUACGGCACAUACCCCUCAACGUGCCCGGCGUCGCGCCUGCUGUGGGUGGAAUUGCAGGUGUGCUGCCGCCGCCGGCCGUGGGGGGCAUGCUGCAGCCGGGGAUGUACGGACCCGGGGGCCAAGCGCCGCCGCCGUCGCAUCAGCAGCAGCAGCCGGCGGCAGCGGUGGUGGUGGGAGCACGUCCCGGUGUGCCGCCGCCGUACGGGGGCGCUCCGGGGCAGCCGCCCGUGGUGGCGCAGCAGCAGCAGCCGGCGGGAGGUCCCCCAGGGACGUUGACGCUUUCCCCGGACCUUGUUGCUUCCUUGCCUGGCCUCAUCAGCUCCCUCUCGCAGCAGCAGCAACAGCAACAGCCGGGGCAGCAGCAGCCACCACAGCCGCCGCUGCAGCAGCAUGUGCCAGGUCCUCAGCCCGGGCAAGGCCCACCACCGCCGGCGCACGUCCUUCCCCAUCCGCACCCCCUUCCCAUGUCGCAUCCCCAGCCACACGGCGCCAACCCCAACCCCCGCUUGGUCGGCGGACCGGUAGCGCAACAGCAGCAGCAGGGUCAUCAGCCGCUGCUGCCGCCAGGUGCUCCCCCAGGCGGCGGCCCCAUACCUUACGGCGGCCCCGCGCCAGCCCAUCCUGGACCCAUGGGUCCAGGGCCUGGCGGCGUGCCUCCCGGGCCGGGGGGGCGACCAGGCAGCCGCUUCGAAGCCGGUCCAGGACAAGGACCUGGGCCCGGCGGCGGAGGGCCCCCGCCGCCGCCGCCGCGUAAGGAGGGCCAGCCGACACUCAUGCGGCCGCGCAGGUCGGACGACCCGCCCGGUCCGGUGGGUUCCGGCAUGCCGCUAGGUCCGCCGCAUCCCCACCACUCGCACCCUCCUCACAUCAUGGGGCCAGGGAUUGGAAUGCGUCACCCGGGGCCGCACCCGCACAGCAUGCAGGGCGGGCAGCAUGCCAUGGCCGGCGGCUGGGCGCCGUCAGGGCCCCCGGGAGGCGGGCCGCCCAGCAGCAAGGUGUGCGCGUACUUUAAUACCCCGGGCGGCUGCCGGAAUGGCGACGGGUGCCGGUUUCUGCACUUGCUUGGAGGUCAGGAUGGAGGGCCGGCAGGGCAGUACGACGGCGGGCCUUACUCUGGGCAUGGGCCGGGGCGCGGCGGCAUGGCUAUGGGGCGCAUGGGAGGCCCGCCUGGGAUGCCGGGGGGUGGCGUGCGUCGCAGAUGAGGGAGGGAGGGGUGUGCGUAGGCGCGCUGAGACGUGGAGGGAGGGAAGGGAAGGCCCCGGUCUCCUGGCAGGGGUUGGAGCGGAUUGGUGAUGGCUAGUACGGUGGGGCGUUGGGUGCAGGUGGGGCGUCCCUGCGAGCGCCUGCGCAUGUGGGGCCAAGAAGGCGCGCGGGGCACGCAUGUAUGUACAUGCAUGCAGCACGCAUGCAUGCACGCACGCAUGCAUACUCAAAUCCGGGAGGGUCGCGCUGCCUGCAAGGGGCCGCAACGGCAGGGGGCAGAGGUUUGCGAAUCGGGAAACUGGGUGCAACAAACGUCCUAGGGCUGAGUUGGGUCUUGUUUUGAUGACGGGUGUUGCAAAGCGUGCCAGUUCCCGAGCUGUUAGGCUGCCACUGUGUUGCAAUCGUAGGUAAUUGUCAGAGCCAAUUCCCUAGCACACAUUUCUUAUGCGGGUAAUAUUUCCGCUGAUGGGCUUGGCGCACAUAUCAGUGUGAAAGUCGCGUGGCGAGUGUUUGCUGGCCGCGAGAGUGUGUUGUUGUGGGCAUAAAGCCCUUGUGCGCUGUCCUGCCAUUGCUCUGUGUGUGCUUAUCGUGUUGGGCUACACCACGUCUAUGUGCGUGCGCGUAGGUGUGGGAACGAAAGAUACUAUCGGGUAUUGGCAUUAAAAAACAAAAAUCCAUGCAGCAAUUAAGCAGGCGAGUGUGUAGAGGGGUUUUCCGUGAUGUAGGUGUUUGCUAUGCGGCUAUGGACCGCUGAACGCAAGCAAGGUGGCUGUAGAGGAAUGGGUAGCGAAGCAGGAGGGCGUCAGGACAGGAACACUAGUC